UGGCGGCAUGGACGGCAUGGAAUGCCGGAGUCCGGCGUGGCUUUGUUGCUCGAAGGACUAGAGCCGAAUGUUUCGGAUGUUUCCAAGGUGCGCAACGAACGUCACUAGUUCUGCAAAGCGUCGUGUGCGAGUGCCUUGCGCGUGACAGCGUCUGCAGUCGCCGGGAGACCGGCCUCAAAGCACGACGGGCUUCGUCCUGCCACAAAGUCUGAGUGCCCAAGCUGUGACUCUGGACCCGCUGGAAUUGGCCACGUUCAACCUCCUUUGCGACCUUGCCUCUGCCGUCAACUCCCCGGGGAGUCAGGAGGCGGACCACCAGGAACUGGAAUGAGCCAGCUGUCGGUGCUCGUGGGAGCUGCAGCCCCGCACAUGGCCAGGCGGCUGGAGAACAGUGCAGACAGUGACGGCAGGCAUGCCAGCCAGACACUCUUCACGGUGGCCCAGAUCCUGGAGCCCAUGGUGGUGCCCCAGGCUGAUGAUCUCUCAUUGGAUCGCAUACCUGAUUACCCAAUGGAUCAUGAAGAGGACGAAGCCCUUGACCCUCCCGCAGCUGUGGUACCCCCCGCAGCUGUGGUGCGCCCCGCAGCUGCAGUGCGCCGCGAAGCCGUGCGUCCCGCAGCAGCGGCCUCCUCUGCAUCGGCCAGGGACGACUGUGCCAGCUCCUCAGCUGUGCCCCAAGAGGUGCCUGCCCGUGGCGGAGGGCGCUUUGGUGUGCUGGAGCGCACAAUGGGCGCCGAGCAAGAUGUCCGUCUCGGAUAUUUAAGACGCGACCAGGAGAGGAAGGAGGAGGAGCACUCUUUCCGUCUCGCAUAUUUAAAAAAAGAAUUGGAGAUGAAAGUGCGGGAGCACAAGCUCCGAAUGAGGAAACUGAGGAGCGAGAAUCAGCUUUUGAUGCUCGAGACUGCUGAGAAGAAAAAAUAAAUGGGAAGAGGCGCACUCUUUCUAUACCUUU